AUGAGAAACAUAUUACCCAUUAGAUUAGAUUUAUUAUUAUUAAUACUAGGCUUUCUUAUUGUGUUAGGUACUUCGUUGGUAUUAGGCCUUAUUGGACAUUUCUUCUAUUGGCUUUUAUAUGAUUCAUUUGGUCGUUAUGAAAAACGAGCUAAAAGAAAAUUGAAAUGUAUAAAUAAUCAACGAGAUGAUGAAUACUAUGUUAUUAUAAUUGGUACUGGUUUUUCUGGUCUUGGUAUGGCUAUUAAAAUGAAUGACCUUGGAAUGGAUAAUUAUAUUGUAAUUGAACGAUAUGGACAUGUUGGUGGUACAUGGUAUGCUAAUAAAUAUCCAGGUUGUGCAUGUGAUGUUCCAUCAAAUCUUUAUUCAUUUUCAUUUGAACCUAAUCCAAAAUGGUCACAUUAUUUUAGUCGACAACCUGAAAUAGCUGAAUAUCUUGAAUAUUGUACAGAUAAAUAUAAUAUUCGUCGACAUAUUCAUUUUAAUACAAAUGUUACAAAAUUAAAAUGGAUUGAAGAACAAAAAUUAUGGCAAGUUACAACUCAAUCAAAUAGUCAAGAGAAAAUUUUCUAUGCUCGAUCGAUAGUUCUUGGUUCUGGACCAUUAUCAAAUGCUUCUUAUCCAACUGAUAUUCUUGGUAUUGAUAGAUUUGAAGGUCAAAUGUGUCAUACAGCUGAAUGGGAUCAAUCGAUUGAUGUUAAAAAUAAACGUGUAGCUGUUAUUGGUACUGGAGCAAGUGCUAUUCAAACUGUACCGGAAAUUCAACAAAUGAAUGUGUCACAAUUACUUGUUUUUCAACGAACACCACCAUGGGUGAUUCCUCGACUUGAUCGAUCGAUAACUGACUGGGAAAAAAAUUUAUUAAAACGUUUUCCAAUUAUUCAAAAAUUGAUUCGUGUUAUCAUUUAUUGGAUAAUUGAAUCUGUUGCACUUUCAUUUGCUUAUCGUUGGUCAUUGAAAUUUAUAAAUGAUAAAUUAGUUAAAUAUAAUCUUGAAAGACAAGUUAAAGAUAUAGAAUUAAGAAAAAAAGUAACACCAACAUGGGAAUUUGGAUGUAAACGUAUGUUAAUAACUAAUGAUUGGUAUUCAACAUUACAAAAAUCAAAUGUAAAACUUAUAACAAAUCGUAUUAAACAAAUUAAAUCACAUUCAAUUAUUACUUAUGAUGGAGAUGAAUAUCCAGUUGAUAUUAUUAUUUGGUCAACAGGAUUUCAAACACAAAAAUUUCCAUUACCUGUUUACGGAAUUAAUGGUUGCUCAUUAACUGAACAAUGGUCUGAAACAAUACAAGCAUAUCGUGGUGUAACUGUACCUAAUUUUCCAAAUUUCUUUAUUCUUCUUGGUCCAAAUACAGUUCUUGGUCAUUCUUCAGUUAUAAUUAUGAUUGAAUCACAAAUAAACUAUAUAGCCCAAGCAUUUCUUUAUAUGGAUCAAAAUAAUCUACGAUCCAUUGAAAUAAAAGAAGAUAUAUAUGAGAAAUUUAAUAAAGAUUUACAAUUAAAAUUAAAGAGAACAGUAUGGCAAAAAGGUGGUUGUCAUGCAUGGUAUCAAGAUGCUAAAGGUAAUAAUACUUCUCUAUGGCCUGAUUUUACAUGGAUUUAUAUAUUAUUAAUGAAAAAUUUUGAUUAUGAAAAUUAUAUUUUCCGAACAUAA